GGACAUCCUCCAACAAGGAGGCUCUGCUGUAGAUGGCGCCAUCGCUGCGCUUCUCUGCACCUCGGUGAUAAACCCGCAGAGCGCGGGGAUUGGAGGAGGCGCCAUAUUCACAGUGAUGGACAGCUCUGGUGAGGUGAAAAUCGCAGCAAGUGGAUCGCAGUUCCAGGAGAACUUCGAGGUUAUGAAAAAGCRCACAAGCUGUAUGGAAAGCUGCCGUGGGCCGACCUCUUCAAGCCCACCAUCAAGCUGGCCAGAGAGGGAAUCAAAAUUCCUGAAGUUCAGGGCACCUACAUCCCAUUCAUCUCUAAUGAGAGCUCUGCUCUUUGGGACUUGUUUUCAGAUAAGAAUGGAAAAUUGCUCAAAACUGGAGACAUUGUGAAAUUUGAGAAACUGGCCGACACUUUGGAGACGAUUGCAAAUAAUGGAGCAGAUAGUUUCUAUACUGGGAAAAUCGCAAAGGAUUUAAUUCAUGAUAUUCAGGAGGCAGGAGGAACACUCACACUGCAGGACUUGGCAAACUAUAACGCUACAGUGACCGAUGCGUGGGCUGUCCCUUUUGGAGAGUACCAGAUGUACAUACCCCCACCUCCUGCUGGAGGAGUCCUCCUCGGCCUCAUCCUCAGCAUCCUGAAAGGGUAUCAAAUGAACUCAGCACCWAAGUCUCUUAAUGAGAGGAUACAGUUUUACCAUCGCUACAUUGAAGCUUUUAAAUUUGUCAACGGACAAAAACUACACAUCCGGGAUCCACACGUUGUAUCAGAUAAAAAAGCCAAAAAGCUCCUAGAAGACCGUUUUCCCAGCUACAUCCGGACUCUGAUCAGCAGCAACAGGACACAUGAUCUCCAGUAUUACAACAUGACCUCAUUCCUAGACAGCAUGGGGACCUCACAUGUGUCGGUGCUGGCUGAAGAUGGCUCUGCUGUGUCUGCCACCAGCACCAUCAACCACAUAUUUGGCUCCAGGAUCCGCUCUGCAAGGACUGGAGUCAUUCUCAACAACGAGAUGUUUGACUUUUGUGGAAGAACUGACAAAAUCUUUCCUGGGGAGCGACCUCCCUCCUCCAUGGCCCCCUCUGUUCUGAAGUCUCAGUCGAAGAUGACUGUGAUUGGAGCGUCUGGUGGGGCGUUUAUCACCACUGCGAUGGCCUCGACUCUCAUCAACCACCUUUGGUUUGGAAAGAGUCUUAAAGAGGCGAUUAAAGUUCCUGUUGUUUAUGUUGACUCUAAAAACACAGUGAAGUUUGAAGCAGGAAGUGAUGAGGAUGUAAUAAAGGCUCUUAAAGCUCGAGGACACAAUCUUGAAAAGGCAACAAAAUUCUACAACGUGGUUAAUGCCGUGGAGAAAGAGGAGGGCUGCAUCUGUGCRGAGUCCGACGCCAGAAAACUGGGAGAAGCAGCUGGUUACUGAAAACAGGAGUCAAAGAUGCUGGUUAUGAAAGCUGCGACAGAAGGCAUCGGUCCCGCUGGAAUCUCUGAACAAGACAGUGAAAAAUUGCAAACAACAAGAGGGCAUUUGCAGUAACACGCAGCAGUUAAACACAACGGUCUCUUGAAAGAACUGAGCAACUAAAACAUGCUGGAUCUUGUAAAAAAAUACUUGAGUGGCUGCAGGUUUAGACAUGUCUUUAUCACGAUUUAAUUUUAUUUUUAGAGAAUCUUUCAUUUUCAGACCAGAACUCAUCAACACUGAUUCAUAAAAAUGAAUUGAUGUUAUUACAUAUAAAUAAAACAAACACAAAAAACAUGACAAAUAAUUUUAAUAUUAUUGAGUCAUUUAAAUUUGCAACUUUUGUCCUCUGAGUUUAAGAUCAACAGACUCUGUGGAUUCCUUUAAAGCUCGGUUAAAAACUUACCUUUUUUAAAUCUGCAUUUGUUUAAAUUUGCUCUGUCUAUUUUCAUUUUAUUUUAUUUUUGUUUGUGUUU